AUGAGAGGACUCUUGGUGUUUCUUAGCGUCUGCAUCACCAUCGUUGGCGUCAACGCCGCCAAUGACUGGUCGAAGCCGUGCUUCGAUGGAGAGUGCGCCUACGAUAUGCUUCCCAGUACGGGAGGGUCUGGUAUCAUCAAAUUAUUUGGAUCCUCGAAGUCCCUCACCGAUAUCACACCUGCUGCUGGGUGGGUCAUCCUGGACUGUGACCCCAAUGUGGUCGAUCAAGAGAUCCGGCUCGUUUGCGAAACUGAUGACGAGGAGUCAGGAUGUCAACACAUCUUUGACCACCACGGACCCAUCGACAAGAUUGUCCGACUUCCAGAGAGUUGUAGCAAUAGUCCAUUCGCCAGGAUCGCAAGCAUGAUGGUAGCGGAGGAUCAAUCACUCCCAACUCACGCCCAAUCCAAGAUCCGCCGUAGAGAUGGUGCUGCUGCCGAAGUUCACGUCGUCCGAAUUGACAGUAACUUUGCGUCUGUGGAUCCCGAAAAGAUGGGUGAGGUCAAGUUUGCUUUCGUCGGUGCUACGGUUCCCGGAUUGGACCUGAAUGCAGCAUUUGAUGAUGGGUUCUUUGACAUCUUCAAGUCGGUUGGUGCCUGGGUAUCGCAGGCCGUUACAACCGUCGCCACUGCUGUGUCUAAUACUGCGAACACUGUCGCUACCGCUGUCUCUACUGCCGCCAAGUCUGUCGCCAGCUGGGCCGGCCAGGCCUAUAAAGACGUUUCACAUCUUCUUGGGAAACUGAAUCAUUUCGAAAUCUCUCCGCAAGUGGAGAGCUCGGUCAUAUCCCUAGAUACGAAGGGCCCGCUUACGUUCGAAACCCCUCCUCCCACCUGCCCCAGCGGUGCGCAUGCCUCGGUGUCUGUAAAAGUGGAAAGCACAGGGUCGAUUCAGGUGAAGGCCGGGAUCGUCAUCGUAGGGAACAUCGUUCCUCCCAGCAUCGAGCAAUUCGCGGCCUUUGGGGGUAUCAACGGGAGUGUAGAUGCUAAACUUGAAGUUGAUCUUGAGUUCUCGGGAGGGUUUAUGUACCAGAAGAAGCUCAUCACUGACAUGGGCCUUCCUGGACUGAGCAUUCCUGCAAUGAUCACUAUUGGCCCAUAUGUAACUCUGGAUGGCAUUGCGCAAGGCCAUCUCGACCUUGCCGUGAAAGCGGACGUCCACCUCGCUUACGAAUUCAAGGAUCUUGAGAUGUGGUACCCAAAAGAGCAUAAAAACCUAGCGGUCGAGAAGGGUAUCAGAAGCAAAGAUUCUGACCUCAGUCUUCAGGCAUCCGCUCAUAUGGACGCCAAAGGAUUCGUUCAGGGAACACUUGCCCCUCAAAUCCAUCUCGGUAUUUCUGCUGUCGGAGGCGCCGUUUCUGCAAGCCUAUGGGUCGGUGCCGACGCCUGGGUGCGAGCAUCCGUCGUCGCAAAGGCUAAUGCGUCUAUCAGUGCUGGCGCCGCUCCGGGCAAGAAGCCAGGGAAUGCAGUUGCCCCCGCAAAGGCGGCUGUCCCCGGAAAGGCGGCUGCUUCGGGCAAGCAGAGUGGAAAGAAGCACGCACGCAGCACACUUCAAUAUGUUCCACCAUACUCUCACCAACAAAGACAGCUUGUCGGAAGGGACUCGAUCGGGUUCAGCGGUUGCCUGUGGAUUGACGCAGGUUUACACUUGAGGGGGGGUGCGACAGGUAAUAUUUUGACUUGGAAGGCUGGCGCGGAGCUCUCGAUUUGGGAAAGUCCUGCGUGGGCGCUAUUCCAUAAAUGCUGGGCUGUCGGCUCCGUGGACAAGGCUCUCGAACUUACCAAACCCACUUACACCCUAGCAGAGGUCGACAGCCUGUCAAAAAACAAGCAGGCAUGCACGGCACAUGUCGACAUGUCCGCCGCCAUUACAGACAAAGUAGUUGGUCAAACCUUGCAGAAAUAG